UUUUAAUUUGGGACUAAGAUCUGGUUUGGCUUUCACUAAAUUUUUUUUGCUUGUAAGAAACCAUGAUAUAUCGCCUAUAUGAUUGUUUUCUCUUAAAACCAUCUUCUAAACAACCAUUUGGAAUGGUUUCUACAAGGUUAUACUUUCGUGUAACUCUUUACUCUUGUAAGCACAAUGUUUUGUGAUGUGGUGUUUGCAUUGUUUUUAUAUAUGGUGCAAAUGAGCCACAAGGGUAAUAAUAAAUUACAAAAGUGGGAUUGUGGGAGGAGAUUCGAACCUGGGACCUCUCGUACACAUGCCCUUAGUCUUAACCACUAUGCUAAUAAAUUUGUGGCGUUUGCAUUGUGCCCGUGCUGGACGGGUGUGUUCGGGUUAACGUUCUGAACUGACACGGCCCAAACCCAUAUUGAUUCCGUUUUAUUAGUGUGUUUAAAAAUCAUUUGUCCAACAUGAUUUACAUAAGCAUAUAACGCUAUUAAUUAAUCUCCUCAGAUAACGACGAGGAAUAAUUUAAUUUUUAUAAUCUCCUCUAUACCACUUACGGGGGAGUAUAAAUGUAUAAUGCAACAAAAGUACUUUAUCAAAUAGAUCCAACUUAUAAGUAGGGGCUUUUCUUUCAGUGCCUUUCACUUCUUGUUAGUAGACAAUCACAACUCCAAAUCAUGCUUUAUCAUGAUGGUUAAGUAGAUGUUACUCUCUCCGUUUCUUAUUGAUUAUCCUGUGUUAACUGUACACAUUUGUCAAUGCACAUUUUAAAGUAUUUGUCGAGACAAACCAAAUAAAACUGCACAAUUACUAUUCUUUUGUUAUAUAUUACCCAUAAAGUAAUAUCUUCGCUCAAACUCUAAAUAAUUAAAAAAAAUUGAAGGAUAAAUUGUUUUUCUACCACCUUUAAAAAAAUCGAAAAAUUAAUUUUUACCACCUAAAAAACUAAAAGUUGUAUUUUACCACCUAAAAAAAAUUUAAAAUUUGUUUUUUACCACUUAAAAAUAUAAAAAUAGAUGAAUAACGGUAAUAUCUUCUACGAUUUCAUGUAUUUAACCCUCUUCUUUUUCCCCGUUUCCUUAUCUUUUAUGAAUUUACAUAAUUUUUCACCACUAUUAAUUAACGAAAUUGACAAAAUUGAAUGGAAGUAGAGAGAGAAUGGUCAAAUAGUUAAAGAAAAUCACACAAGGCCGGAGUGUAAAUAAUUAGAGGGAAAUUGAAUUAGGUAGCCAUACAUAAAAUUAUGUUUCAUCUGUUUUUUCAUUUUCAGGUGGUAAAGCCAAAUUUUAAUAUUUUGUUUAGGUAGUAAAUUACGAGUUUUAAAUUUUUAGGUGGUAAAAAAUAAUUUUUGAUAUUUACAUUAGUAAAAAACCAAUUUAUCCAAAAUUUAAACAGGGAGAAAAAUAAGAAACGGAAAGAGUACCGGUUAAUCCAAACAAGAAUCAUCAAGUUCCUUAAAAUGAAAAAAAGCCGCGUAAAUCACCUAACUUUAUACCUCAAAUCCGCAACCGUUUUAACAAAUACCUCUCAUUUUCCUUCGGCCUUCACUAUCCCUCUUGGUCAACAUCUCUUCCCGCAUUUCACUCACUCUCGCCGGAGGCUCCCCGGACUUAACUCACCAUGGCGCAGCGACACGUCCGUAUCGCCGCCAUAACCACCACAACCUCCGCCGUCGUCCUCCUGUUAAUCUCUCUCCUUACAUCUACAUUUCCGUCAUCCUCUGCCAUCAACUCCACCUCCAUCAACCUCAAGCACCGCCGUUCUCCUCUUAUAUUACCUCUCUCGGUCUCCCGUAAAAUCCCGAACGCUAAACUCCGGCGUCACCUUCAAGCUAAACGCAUCCCUAUCAAUGCUCGCAUGAAUCUGUUCGACGAUCUCCUUGUUAACGGGUAUUAUACGACGAGACUGUAUAUAGGAAGUCCGCCGCAAGAAUUCGCGUUGAUUGUAGAUACAGGGAGUACAGUCACUUAUGUGCCUUGCUCUGAUUGUGAUCAAUGUGGCAACCAUCAGGACCCGAAGUUUCAACCUGAUCUUUCAGCAACCUAUCAUCCUGUAAAAUGCAAUCCUGAUUGUACAUGUGAUGCCGAGAAUACUCAGUGUACCUAUGAGAGACAGUAUGCUGAAAUGAGUUCCAGCAGUGGCGUUCUGGGUGAAGAUAUUGUAUCAUUUGGCAACCAGAGUGACCUUAAACCCCAGCGCGCGGUUUUUGGUUGUGAAAAUUCUGAAACUGGUGACCUGUAUAGUCAGCAUGCUGAUGGUAUAAUGGGUUUGGGCCGGGGUGAACUAAGCAUUGUUGAUCAACUUGUUGAUAAAAGAGUAGUCGGUGAUUCCUUCUCACUAUGUUAUGGUGGGAUGGGUAUUGGUGGGGGUGCUAUGAUUCUUGGCUCUAUAUCUCCCCCAUCCGACAUGGUCUUCAGCCAUUCUGACCCUGAUCGCAGUCCAUAUUACAAUAUCGAGCUGAAGGAGUUACAUGUUGCUGGAAAGAAACUGGCUAUAAAUCCGAAGGUUUUUGAUGGUAAACAUGGAACUGUUCUAGAUAGUGGUACAACAUACGCGUAUCUACCAGAAGCAGCAUUUGUGGCAUUUAAGCAUGCAUUAAUUAAUGAACUCCAUGGCCUUACGCGAAUUCCUGGACCUGACCCCAAUUAUAAUGAUGUUUGCUUUUCUGGUGCUGGAAGAAAGGUUUCAGAGCUUUCAAAGACAUUCCCUACAGUUGAUAUGGUCUUUGAAAAUGGUCAAAAGCAUUCACUAUCACCGGAAAAUUAUUUAUUUAAGCAUUCGAAGGUGGCUGGUGCGUAUUGCCUUGGAGUUUUUCAGAAUGGAAAAGAUCCCACAACUCUUUUAGGAGGAAUCGUUGUUCGCAAUACUCUAGUGACAUAUGACCGUGAUCACUUGAAAGUUGGAUUUUGGAAGACAAAUUGUUCUGAGUUAUGGGAGAGUCUCCGUGUGUCUGAUAUUUCACCAGCACCUGAACCUACCCCAUCGAGUGGGGAGGUUUGGACUCCAGGAAUGUCACCAGCUCUAGCACCAGUACCAGUACCAGCAUCCGAUGGAGGUUGGACUCCAGGAUUGUCACCAGCUCUAGCACCAGUACCAGUACCAGCAUCCGAUGAAGGUUGGACUCCAGAAAUGUCACCAGCCCGAGCACCAGCACCAGUACCAGUACCAGCACCCUAUGGAGUACCAGGUUAUGUUAUUCCAGGAGAAACUAAAGUUGGAUUCAUAACAUUUGAUAUGUCUUUGGGAAUCAGAGUCUCGGACUUCAAGCCUCGUAUGUCGGAGCUAUCUGGUUUCAUUGCUAGAGACUUGGGAGUCAAUAUAUCACAAGUUCAUCUACUAAAUUUGACUUCCUCCAGAAAUGGUUCACUGGUAACAUGGGGCAUCUAUCCUGAAAGAUCUGCCAAGUAUAUAGCAAACACAACUGCCAUGCAUAUAAUUGCUCAUUUGGCGGAACAAAAUGUUCAACUUCCAGACACCUUUGGCAGCUAUAAGUUGGUUAAUUGGAAGAUUGAGCCACCAGUUAAACGCAGGAGUUGGUGGCAUCAACACUACUUGCUUGUUGUCAUGGCGGUUAUUGUUUCAUUGAUGUUGGGAAUUUCUGUUUACGGCGUUUGGUUUAUUCGGAAAUGGAGGCAGCAAACAACAAUACAAUACAAGCCUGUUGACAGCGAUAAUAUUGUUCCUGAGCAAGAACUCCAGCCAUUGUGAGCGAAUAAUGAGUUAUCCUCCUAUUCUUUUUGUUCCAAGAUUUUGCUUGUAGCAUGUUAUUUAAUUACAAACAAUAUAAAAAAGUUCACAUAUUUUCUCGAUCUUAUACCAAAUUAAUGAGGGAACUGACCUUGAUUAACAUAAAAUGCCUAGAGAAGUUGGACAACAAUUGCCAAUAUUCAUUCUGUAAUUAAAUUCGUAAUUUUUAAUACAUGAUGAAAUCAAUAGUUUACAAAAUUCUUCUGCCUGUUGUAUAGAAAAUUCUCGAAUUUGAAUGUAGCUGCAACAGGUUUUGCUCCCA